AUGGCCCUUGCUCUCCAAAAAAACAGUCGAGUUUCCUCCGAAUAUGACAAUGAAGACCAGCUCGAUGUUGUUGAUCGCGCCCUUGAUGAUAUAGAUUCUGAUGAUGGUUCUUCCAUUGUUGGCGAGGAUGUCACCUUUCAUAGAGAGGAGGAUUUAGGUGACGAACAAGAUGGCAACGUUGAACUUGAUGAACCGUUGUGUUCAGUGUCUCGUCGGAACGACGGGCGUCUUUCUACAAUUGCAGAGGAAUCCCAAGUACUAGAAGCAGUGCAGAAAUUAUUUGAGGUUACAAGUCUUGGAGAUGGUACUUUUGAUUGCAGUGGAAUUUUGCUGAAGAAAGUAAAUGUAAUUGAACGGUCGAGUAAGGCAGGAGUUGUUUUUUAUAUUGACGUAGUGCGGCUGAAAUUUGACUCUAUUGUUUGUGUAAAAGGUGAUUUUGUAAGAUAUUUGAAAUACGAAGGGCAUUGUGAAGUCGGCGAAGGGAAGGAUGAGGAGCGCUUUUUGAAAAAUAAAUCACGUUUCAAAACGAACAAUUACUUGUUAUCAAGACAAGAAGCUGCCAGUGACAUUAUUAGCAAGGGCACGAUGAUUAAGGAUGCGAACGAUCUUUCGAAGACGCAGACGAGUGAGGUGUUUACCAGUUCCGAGUUUGUUCGUUGGGAUGACGCACGCUUGCAGAAGGACCAAGAGUCGUUUAUGCGGAAAUGUGUAUUAGAUCAGGACGAUUAUCGAUUUAACAGAACACAUGAAGAGAAAGAAAACAGCUGGGAGCCAUCAGUUCAUAAUUCGUUGUUACCACUGCCGGUUAUUAGUAAGUCAGCGUUAUUAGAAAAGGCAAAUACUGAUUCGAGUCUUCACCUAGCAGGGUCUCCUGGCCUAAGGAAGAAAGGCCACUGCAAAUCUGGUGAAGAAGAGCAGGGUUUUAAAAACGGUGAAACAGUAUCGAAAGCAGUCCCUUUACCGCACCCUGCUGAGCCAAAAGUUUCUACCCCUAUAGCUGAAAAGGAGUCUGAGAGAAAACCUUUGCGUAACGUGAGCUUCAACAUUACUGAUAUCUCUUCAAUUCUUGGAAACAGCACUUACCGCCCCACCUGCAGUGAUCGGUUACCAGCUUUGCAGGAGAAUAUCGAUACAAGUCACGAUAUCUUGACAAGAUCUGAAAUUGCUCGUGCACUUCCCGAUAAAACGAUGGACGAUUCUCAACUGGUAGCAGCUCUUUUAAAAGCACAGAGGAAGAGGUUUAGAAAAGGUAACGUCGAUCCAUCUACACUGCGAGCUGAACGUUCAGGAGCUACGUAUUCUGUUAGUCGUGUUUCGGCACCACAUUUUUCAAAGUCGCAGGAAGUGUCAAAAUUUUCCGAUUCAAAAUCGAAGCGAAAUUUUACUGGUCGUACCAGUAGUAAUAUCAAUCAGGUUGUAGUAAAGAAAGACACAGCAGGCGCUUCUUGCAGUAAUUCCAUGGUUGAGAGUAAUCGGCCAAAAAUCCUAGCUUUUAAACCGCCUUUUAUAUAUUUCGGGUUUGUGGAUGUUGGGGAGAAUGUGGACAGAUGUUUGGAGAUACGGAAUUUAGCUGAACAAAAUGAAGUAGUAAUUAAUCCUCUUGACACUUACAAGGCACAUGUAAUUUUUCGACCGUCAAAAGCGGCAUAUUUCAAUAACAUAUUGCAAGUUUCAGUGCUUAAUGUAGAAAAACUCUCUUAUUCGGUUAGUAAAAACUUUUAUCUGCUUUAA